AUGAAAGUAGCAGGUGUCUUUCUGCUCCUCUCUCUGGCUCUUCUCUGCUUUUUCUCAGGUGCCUUCAGUCAAGGAGGACAGGACAAAAGAGGCUGGAUCACAAGAUCAGAGGGCCGAUUUCCAGGGAAAGGUGUCUUAAGGCAUCGUCUCUUUCAAAUUAAUUGUGGUGAGUUCCGUGACCCCAAGGUCUUCUGCACUCGGGAAUCUGACCCACUCUGUGGCUCUGAUGGCCAGACAUAUGGGAAUAAAUGUGCCUUCUGCAAGGCAUUGGAGAAAAGUUCUGGAAAGAUCAACCUGAAGCAUCGUGGGAAAUGCUGA